GUCGGCGUCACGUCAUCUUUGCAAUAUGUUAUUUUUUUAUUCGUUUUGUAAUGUUAUUACGCGAAAAUGUAUAUAAUGGCAUUUCAAAUCUUGUAAUAUUGUCGUAAAGUGAUGCAUAAUUCAAAUAAAAUCAAAGUUUUUUUAUUAAUUUCAAUAGGAUUAUUAUUAUCAACAAAAUGUGGUUACAGUUGUUUACUUUGUGUUUUCUUACUUCAUUAAUUACUUCAGUUGAUAUAAACGAUAUCAAUUUACCACCAGAACAUAUUCCUUACUUCUUUAAUAGUUUUAAAAGUGUCGCUGAUGCUUGUGCUAAGGAUCCAGAAUGUCCAUAUAAAAGCAUGGUACAAAGGGCGGGAUGUUGGGGGUACGAAAGAGAUUGCAAUGUUUCCACCUCCUACCAUGUACGCCCACGAUGUCCCGGCGAUCAUAGAGGCUGGGUGAAGAGUAAAGAAGCACAGUACAGCACAUUUUACACUCAAGCAGAUUUUGGAUAUGUUAAGGAACAAAUAGAUGAACUAAUGGUGAUGUGUGAAGCAUCAUAUCCCCAAGACACUUCUCUGGAAUGCUCGAAGUAUUUAAGGUUCUGUAGAGGUCGGAACAUGAUGCUCAACUUUACUGGGCUUGUUGGUCGUGGUGACAACCUGCGAUAUAAGAUGGACAUCUUGGGGCCGGGUCAAAUAGGUGGUUACUGCAACUUCUAUUCUGAGAGGCUGAUGAAGGAGGCGGAGCACAUGAGUGCACUACAGUCAUGGGCACCUGAGUUCAGAUAUUUUGUCAGAACACCAAAGAGACCUAUAGCCGAUGGCAUGUGCGAUGUCACUAUUGAGAAACCUACUUACAUCAUGAAAUUGGAUGCUACUGUAAACAUGUAUCACCACUUCUGUGACUUCUUCAACCUGUACGCAUCUCUUCACGUGAACUCCACGCACCCCUCAACCUUCUCCAGAGACAAUCAUAUUCUAAUCUGGGAGACAUUCACUUAUCAUUCAGCAUUCAAAGAUGCCUUCAAAGCAUUUACAAAAAAUGAAAUUUGGGACCUCAAAAAGUUUAGAGGGAAAACCAUUUGCUUCAAAAAUGUUGUGUUCCCCUUGUUGCCAAGAAUGAUAUUCGGAUUGUAUUAUAACACACCAUUGAUAUAUGGAUGUGAAAGGAGUGGCCUAUUCCACGCCUUCUCGAAACAUUUGCUUCAUUCCAUGAACAUAAAACCUCAUAUUCGGAGGAAUGGCAAAGUUAGAAUAACAUUGCUGUCGAGAGGGACGCAGUAUCGGUCUAUUUUAAACGAAAAAGAGAUUGUAGAGGCACUAUUGAAGGUGGAAGGCUACCACGUGGAAAGGGUUGUCUAUGAUAAGACUGUUCCUUUCGCAAAACAGUUGGAGAUCACCCACAACACUGAUGUGUUUAUUGGUAUGCAUGGAGCCGGGCUUACUCACUUGCUAUUCUUGCCAGAUUGGGCGGCGGUUUUUGAAGUAUACAAUUGCGAAGAUCCGAACUGUUACGCGGACCUUGCGAGAUUACGAGGAGUGAAAUAUGUCACUUGGGAAAAUAAAGAAAAACUAGUUCAGCAAGAUCAGGGUCAUGGCCCGGGAGGCGGGUCUCACGCCAAGUUCACCAACUACUCUUUCGACGUGGAGGAAUUCCUCAGGCUCGUGGCCAAGUGCGCUGACUACGUGCGGAGCAGGCAGGACUUCAACAACUUCGUCGAGGCAUCCAUACUCAGUCGAGCCCAUGAAGAACUCUAAAGUGAGACUCUUGUGAUAUACCCCGUUCUAAGUUUGUUCGUGUACGCAUUACGUGUUUUAAUAUUCGGUACAGGUACAAAGAUAGCAUUUGAGGAAUGUAAUACGCAUACGUAUUCGUACGACAUAAAAGAGUACUUAAAUAAUUUAGAAUUUUAAAUAAGGGAUAUAGGUUCUUAUUGUUAAAUAGCUAAACUGAAGCUGUACAAAUCUGGGAAUUAGUAUCGUGGAACCUAAGUAAGUAAUUUUACUAAAACGGUCUAAAAGCAGAAAUUAACGUCCUCAACGUAGCUAACGAUUUUACACUUUGGAUACUUAGGUACCAUUUUGUAAUGCGGGUUUUUUUUGGUGAAAGUUUGUAAUAGGUGCAGGGAUUUAAUAUUUACCAUUAAUUAGAUGCUUUACGCUUAAUUUGAGACAGCUACAUUACGAAUUUAUUGUGUACCUUAUGUUGCGUACUAUACGGAUAAAAUAGUAUUGAAAAAAGUGAUAUUGAACAUAAAAAUUUAUAGGAAAUAUUAAUUAAACAUAGUUUACACUAUAAACUUACUAUAAGGAGCCAAUCGUGAUUUGCAUGAACGCAAGCAUAACUAUCAGAAGUGAGUUGCUACAGAUAAAUCGAACUUCGGGAAGUCUAUUCACGUUUAUUUAUUAUUUUUCCAUAAUACAUAUUACAUAAUACCUAUAUACUGGAUACGAUUAUGUAGGUAAAAGCUAAAAUACAUCUAAAAUAAUACCUAAAAACUCUUCACGGCGGCCCCGAAACGCCACAUUACUGUAUGCUGUAUUUUUUACUCAAUUUUAAAUCGAUAUACCCCAACAAACAUGUUAAGCAAGUAUAAUAUAUGAGGAUUUUUACGACUAUCUGACAAUAAUACUGAACGGUAAUAAUAAUAGGCUAGAUUCCAACUAGCCAAAUCAGUUACUUUUUAUUAAACGUCGAAACACGAAAUUACAAUGGAAUUUGUAUGAAAAAGCACACUGUGACGUCAUAGAAGAACGUGAUAAAAUGUCGGACUUAUUAUUACGUUUUUCUUUAUUAAAAUUCAUAAAUAAGUUAAAUACAAAAAAGAAAAUGUUUUUCGUUAGUUUUAGAUCUUGUUUUUAUUUAGUAAUCAGAAUUUCAUAUUUUAUCUUGAACCAAGAACAAGACCCAAUUGUCGAGGAGUGGGUGUAUUGUUUAAUACUAUAAACUUCUAGAUCUUGUGGCUACCCCUUCGGGGAUAUAGGCGUGAUGUUGUGAUAUAUUGUGUAAUACUAAUUAUUUAUUAGUUAAAUUGUGUAGUGUUCUAUUUCGCUACCAUUUAGGUUUUUUUGUUGGGUUGUCUUCUUACUAAGAAAUACCGCCAAUAUAUUUUUUAAUUAAGUAAGUAGGUAAAUUAUUUAGUUUAAACCAAAUUUUGAGUUUCGUACAGAACCCUCAAUGUACGACCCAUACUCGGCCCGUUUUUUACUUUCCAACAGGGUCCUAUUCUCAUGUAGGUUCCCUAGGUCCGGGAAUGACGCCAAACGAGCCUGCCUAGACAAAAUCCUUUCCUAUGAUGACUGUAAACUGUAGAUUAUUUGUCUACGAGAUGAUCGGUUUGAGGGAUGGGAUGCUUAUUACGUUACAUUUAAGGACUAAACAGACAAUGGCCACAAAACCUUAGAUGCGGCGGGUUUCUAUGAACAGCGUAGAAGGCAGUAUUGAAGAAUAUUCCAAAAUCACUGAUCAAAAUAUUUUACCAAUUGGAAGUCCAUAUUGAAACUUGAUUGGGAACCCUUAGUUCAAGAGUUAAUAUAGAUACACCACCAGUCGUGGUAGUAGUGGUAAAAGUGAGGUCACUUUGGUACUAAUUACUCGCUUACACAUAUUUAAAAAGUUAAUUAAAUAAAUAGAAAGAAAGACUUACAUAACUGUACGUAAGUCUUUCGUAGGUUUCUUUUCUAUUUAAACUUAAUUGAAAUUUUGGGAGGUUUAAGUUCGAUGACCUUUGAAAAUUGUUUCCUAUUUCAUGUUUGGAUCUUAAAUGAUUAUUGUGUGCUCAACGAUGAAGAAAACAUCGGAAACCCCGAUACCCGACAAAUUUUCGGAGGUAUGUGACUUAUACUGUAAUUGGGCUGGUUUUCCCUUCUGGUUGAGAGGUCGGAGUCGGACAGGCCGUCGCUUCUGUAAAAAAUAGACACAGAUUUACCAUAAAUCUUCACGUUAGGUAAGCGGAUCCUGUGAACGACGUUAUAACGCUAGGGAGAUGAUGAUGAAGAUGAUGCGUUUGACCAACGGUAUGUUGCGAUCUGUCUGGUACGCACUAUAGUAACAUAAUAUGUAUAUUUGUACUAUACAUCAAUGGGUAUUCAAAAUAUAAAUUGGGAUUUCAAGUAGCUGGGUAGAUACUUCUGACCGCUACCUAUAUGUCAUCAUUUUUAAAUAUACCGGAAGUAGAACAGGAUUGAAGGGUCUAUUUGUAAGAAGCAGCUUAAUACAAGAAAGCGGUAUUAGGUACGUACACGUAUAGGUUACUUAGCUAAACACAGUCAUAAAGUUCUGAAAUAUCAAUUAUUUAAAAUCAAGUAUUUUUUUUUUAACAACGUUUCUACAAGUGACAGUAGCGUUUAAACUUAGAUACUUCCUGUAGUACACCUGUACUGCAACUUCACACUGUGUAUUUAUGCAGUCAUAACUCUCUUAAAAUCUAGUCGCUUCGUGAUAAAUAAAAUCGACGUCAAGUUCUUUUAACCAGUUAUUAUAAACGAACAUAAAGAUAUACUCAUUUUUCGAAGCUCAGUAACCGUUUAAUAAGAUAUUGUGGUCAACAAUCAUGCAUAUAACUCUUGUAAAAAUGCCGGUGACUGUUGAUGUAAUCUGGUUUAUUUAUUAUUUCGCGAAUGGACCGCUAGUUUAAUUGUAACAGUGCCGACGAACGUAACUUCCAUAAUUAUAGUUUGCGAUAUUCAGAUAAAUUGUUCAAGAGAUCCGAUGUGUAUACACUUCAUGUCCACUUGAAUUAUUGAUGUGUACUGUUAUGGUUAAUCCUGGGAAUGUUAAUAAUUCAGGUCAUACCUUCCAAAUGUAAUUAGUCUCUUUUAAAUCGAUUUAUUGUCAACUCACACGUAAUUAAUAUGAGAGAAUUCAAGUAAUUUUAAUGCUAAGCGAAUAAAAAAUUUGUGAUCUUUAAUUAUUUUAACAUUCCUAUUUAUUUUUAUGUAGGUAUUAAUGGGUAUGGGCGCUUUAUGCUUAUGCUAAAUUAAUGAAUUUAUUAAGGAUAGAGUUAAUAAAUCAAUUUUGAGUAUUUAUUGUUUAAUAUUCUUGUUGUACUCUAUUGUUAAAUGUACCUAUCACAUGUACGAUUUUCACUGCUGCUAUUGAAAUUAUUAUGCUGCGUACGAAACGCUGGAAGAGUUUGGGGGAGGAGGAAUCUGUAAAUCGUAAAACAAUCGCAUAAUAUGAAUGCAAUAUUUACAGAGGGAAAUUAAUGAGCAAUGGCCCUGCGGCUGCGAGCCCGCCGCUCGUAACUUUUUGGCGUAACCAGAUUGUAUCGCAGCCGAAUAUCAAACAGCUAAUUGAAACAAUAAUUUUAAAAUUAAAUUUAACAGUAUUCGCUGCAUAUCUCACUACAACCUGUUUGUGGUUUGCAGCCUCUU